CUCCUCAGCAAAUUCAUUUGUCAUGGCCUCACACGCCUUAAUCCUCCUUCAAAUCAUUGUCUUGUCGAGUCUUGCAGCAACAGCUUUCUCAUUAUCUCCUUAUUACUAUAAAAAUAUUUGUCCCCAAGCUUUACCCACCAUCAAAACACUAGUGGAGGCUGCUGUGUAUAAAGAGCGCCGCAUGGGAGCCUCUUUACUUCGUCUUCACUUCCACGACUGCUUUGUUAAUGGAUGUGAUGCUUCCAUUCUUCUGGAUCCCUCUCCCACCAUUGACAGUGAAAAAGGCGCUCUUGCUAAUCAAAACUCUGCUCGAGGAUUCGAAGUGAUCGAUGAAAUUAAGGCAGAAGUUGACAAGAUUUGUGGACGCCCUGUGGUCUCUUGCGCUGAUAUCUUGGCUGUUGCAGCUCGAGAUUCCGUAGUUGCACUUGGAGGACCGUCAUGGAAAGUGCGACUUGGUCGGAGAGAUUCAACGACAGCCAGUCGAACUCAAGCAGACAUUGAUAUCCCAUCCCCACUCAUGGAUCUUCCUGCAUUAAUCAACAACUUCAGAAAUCAAGGUUUGAACCAGAGAGAUCUUGUAGCUCUCUCCGGUGGCCACACCAUUGGGUUCGCUCAAUGUUUGGCCUUUAGAGGCCGAAUUUAUAAUGCAACAAACAUCAACCCUUCGUUUGCAAAAGAGCGAAGAGCAACCUGUCCACGCACCGGAGGAGACACUACCCUUGCUCCUUUAGACUCGACAGCCGCACGCUUUGACACUGCAUACUUCAACAGCUUGGUGAAGCAAAGGGGUUUACUCACCUCGGAUCAAGCUCUUUUCAGCGGCGGCUCGACUGAUAAUCUUGUCAAUACUUACAGACUUUACCCACAAGUGUUCCGGAAAGAUUUUGCUCAGUCAAUGAUUAAGAUGGGAAAUAUCAAGUAUUUAACAGGAAACCAAGGACAAAUUCGUGCCAACUGCAGGAUGGUGAAUAAUUAAAUGCAAUAAUUAUUUUAUGAAAUUAUUAUGACCAAACUCUGUUUGAGUUUUCUUUUCAUACCCAAUUGAAUUAAUCGUUGAAUGAUUGUUUCAAUCUGUUUUAUGUUGAAUUCUAGUGUAUCAUCCUAUUUGUAGUUCUGUUA